CCGCGGCGGUAGGGGGCGCUGUGAGGCGGGGCGCGCACCUCCCGCGGGCCGCGCAAAUGGCGGCGCAAGGCCCCGGGCCUGGGCCGGGGUCAGCCCCGGGGCUGGAGGCGGCGCGGCAGAAGCUCGCGCUGCGGCGCAAGAAGGUGCUGAGCGCCGAGGAGAUGGAGCUGUACGAACUGGCGCAGGCGGCGGGCGGCGCCAUCGACCCCGACGUGUUCAAGAUCCUGGUGGACCUGCUCAAGCUGAACGUGGCCCCCCUUGCCGUGUUCCAGAUGCUCAAGUCCAUGUGUGCUGGGCAGAGGUUGGCGAGCGAGCCCCAGGACCCUGCGGCCGCGUCUCUGCCCACGGCGAGCGCGCCUGAGCCCCGAGGGAGAAACAAAGGCGGCACCACGCUUGGUGGAACACCAGGCCUAGCAGAACGCAGCAGCCGGGAAGGACCCAGCCAGAGGACACCCCGCCAGCCCAGUGCCACCAGGCUGCCCAAGGUGGGCGGGCCUGGCAAGAGCCCCACCCGGAGCAGCUCCUAAGGACUGGCAGGGACUUGACACACAGAGGCCUGCUGAGGUUUCACAUCCUCCCAGCAAAGACUGUAUUAUAUUCCAAUCAGGUGAUAAUGAACUGUUCUGAACAGCAGAGGGUCCACAUCAGAUGUUCUCUAUCACUUUUGAAUAAAUUAAGGUACAAAGACUUAGAAUGAGUUCUUUGUGCUGGUCCUGGUUAUGCUACAGCUGAACUCACCAAGUGACUUAAACUUGGAUAACUUCCUGGCCCCGAUUUUUAAGUCUGAGAGAAAUAAUGUAUUGACAGGUCUUUUAUAAACAGACAUCAACACACUUCAUUCCAAGCAAAAGGUACAGCCAAGC